AUGUCUGUUUUUCUUUUGCCUAUGAAGACUUGUAAAGCCAUUGAGAUUGUUAUGAGCAAGUACUGGUGGCAAUCACAAAAGCAAAGCCGUGGGGUGUCUUGGUUGAGCUGGAAUAAAUUAUGCAAUCAUAAGAAUAGUGGGGGUCUUGGUUUUAAAGAUCUUAGACAGUAUAAUAUUGCAUUAUUGGGAAAGCAAUCAUGGAGGUUGCUGGUGAAUGAAUCUGCAUUAGUAACAAGGGUGUUUAAAGCAAGAUAUUUUCCUAAAAGUUCCUUCUUGGCUGCCCCUUUGGGAAACAACCCAAGCUAUGUGUGGAGAAGCUUGUUUGAGACUAAAAAUCUGAUGUUGGCAGGGGUAAGAAAGAGUAUUGCUAGUGGCUUGCAAACUCCUAUUCUAGAUGUUCCGUGGCUGCCUCAUGAAGAUUGUCCUUUUGUUCAAUCGGAUCACCCUGCACUUAAAAUCAGUUGGUGUCUUCAUUAA